GCAUGGUUAAGCUGCGUUCAAUACAAACUUUGUUUGUAUUCUUUUUCUAAAUUUAAGUGCGACGUCAUCAAAUCGGAUUUAUAAGUGAAGUAGACAUUCUUAGAAAUCGUUUUUGGUAUGCCGCAGGGAAAGUUUAAUUUUUAGUCUUUAUUUACUUCCAAACAAUCGAAAUUUGUUAUGUUUAACGAACCCAUUGGUGGCGCUUGCGCGACGGCCACGCAUGCAACAACAAUGCCAACAUAUCAAUUAAGCCAGCAACGUUUAAAAUGUGGUGAAGUGUUUGUUUGGGACUGUGUCGGCGAACUCUUCGCCAUCGAAUGUCUGCUCUGCGAGGAGCGACCUCUCUGUACGCUUUCCGAGUUUGCCGAGCAUAUGGAUAUCUGGCAUUACGAUUGGACCGCAGAGGCGCAUGCCUCACUGCCAGAUACAACGACAAACGAAAGUUGUGAGACUUUACCUACUCGUUGGGCGGCGGUAGCGGAGCGAAUAAGCUCAACGAACAACAAUACUGAAUUUGGAGGUGAAAACAUUGAAUCAGCAGCAGACACAGUGUGGGAAAUCGGAGGAGAAGUGGAGGUAGCAGUGGCUGCUUUGGCAGAAAGUGGGUCAUGUCAAGCAACAGCAGUUUAUGAAAAUGAGCAAAGCGCAUUGUCACGCUCUUUUGACAUCGCUCUCCGCUUAGCUACGGACUUCGAAGAGACGCUCAUUAGCACGACAAGUAGUUUAGGCGCAGCAGAAGUUGAUAGCAAGUUGUGUGUGGAGAAGACGCGGGGGGAUGAAACCGAAGGCAUGACAGUGAAUAGCGCACAAACAGACACCAUGGCGGUGUUUAUGAAAAAACGGGUUGAGAACCCCGCCCUUCAACGUCUCAAAACCGAGAAAUUAAUCGAGAUCUAUGAGAAAUUUCCCGAGCUCUGGCAUAAGCAACAUAAAAUCGAUCUAAAAUCCGAGACGCAAGCGAAGGCAUACCGCAGCAUCAGUCUCGAAUUGAAGCAACAUGGAAUAAAUCUCAAACCACACGCCGUGCAACGUCGACUGAAUAUGCUGCGAAAACGGUGCCGCCUCGCGAAGCUCGAAGAACUGAAAAGCCAUUUGGAGGGUCAACCGUACACGACCUCCUUUGAAUUCUAUGAGCGGCUGCGAUUUUUGAAGGAGCACAUCGAGCCGCAGCUGUGUAAGAUUUGCAAUAGGAUUUGCAAAGAUGCGACAAAAUGUUGCGCAAGCUCAGAAGGCAAUGUGGCACAAAACGAGGAGUAUAUGCACAGCAAAGAAAACAAAGAAAGUGUAGAAGAAGUGGAGGAUGCAGAGGCAGAGAAAGUCAGUGAAAAGAAAGAAAACACGGAAGUAGCAAAGAAUGAUGAGGAAAUAAAAUUCCUACAAUGCAUGAGCUCAGAGCAAGUAAGUUUCGAAGUGGCAAUGGAGAAUGUGGCCGGCAUGCCACCCGCGAAAACACUUGCAGCAAAUAAGUUGGAGUGCUGUGGGAAUAAAUUAGAAAUUGAAAUGCCAAAGAUUGGAAGCGCAUACCUCACCCAGACAGAUACGACAACUUUCCAACAAAAUGAGGAAAACUUAGAAGCGACUGAAAUAGCAGCUCCUACGCUGGAAGUGCCCUCUGGUUAUCACACAAAUGCAGAGAUGGAGCCUAUGUUAGAAAAGAGAAACAAAAUACGAAAAAGAAACGAAAUAGAAAUUUUGGAAGUAAUAGAGCUGCCGAGGGCGUACAAUUUCAAUACCCAAGAACCAGAGGUAAGCACAUCUACGAUGAGCGCGAAUAUGAGCAAUAGCCCCCUAGAUGUAGUGGGCAUGGCGGAUGAAAAAAUGAUUUCGGAGGAAUAUGAUUCCUCGAAUGGCGAUUCCGGUAUUUUACGAGAUUUUGAUGAUCAAAAUGAAGUUGAGGCAGACAAUGAUGCGGAUAUUGUCGAAACAGAGUCCUUUGCUCGGCUCACGCCCGAUCAAACGCACAAGCUGAUCCGGCUCUAUGAGCAAUAUCCAAUGCUUUGGGACCCCGACCACGCAGACUUCAGCACACGUGAACGACGUCGCAAUGCCUGGCGCCAAAUGACGUCACAACUAAACUCACACUUCCAAAUGCGUUACACCUGGACCACAGUGCAUCGCAAAAUGCACGACUAUGUUAAAUAUUACAAGCGUGAGCGGCAACGCAUCCAGGUGGAAGGUGGAGGUACGAGAUGGUGUUUCUACGAUGAUUUCGCUUUUUUGGGUCAAGUGCUGACAGAGCAGGCUAGCGAUGCGCCAAAACUCUUGCUCACCAAGCAGCAAAAUCAGAAAAUUAUCAAGGUAUAUGACGAGUAUCCGCAACUGUGGAAUACCCAGCAUACCCAGUUCAAGCGUCGCUGUUUGCGUCAAGGGCUUUUCAAAUCGAUGAGCGACAAGUUACGUGAAGCUCACAAUAUAAAUAUCUCACCACUGAAGCUUAAACAGCGAAUUGUUGAAUUUCGCUGCACCUAUCGGAUCGAGAAGGAGCGUCGUUUUGCUGCCGAACAGCAAGGCGAAAUAUACAAACCCUGCUAUGAGUACUAUAAACUACUAAAUUUCUUAGAUCCACAUGUGGCACCUUUCAUUUGCCCAAAAUGUGGCGUGCAAUACAAGAAACAUACUGAAAUAGAGCGUCAUAUGCGAAAAGAGCACAGCAACAAAAGCAGACGUAAAGUCGAUAGCUCAACGCGCACGCCGGAAACGGUGCCCGAAAAGAAAGCCGCUGCACUUGCCAACGUCUGCCACAUUUGCGGCAUGAGUUUCACCAUGCUGCGCAAUCUAAAAUGCCACCUUAAGCGACAUACCAAUCAACGCACACACGCCUGCGCGAAAUGUCCGAAAAAGUUCUUUGAUGCCGCCACGCUGCGCUUACACGAACGCUCGCACACCAAGAGCCGUCCUUUCAUAUGCGACCAAUGUGGUGCGUGCUACGUAAGCGGCAGUAAGCUCAACCAGCACAUUAAGCGUCAUAGCAAUCAACGCGAUCAUCCAUGUGAGCUGUGCGGCAAGGCAUUCUACACAGCCUUCGAAUGCGAGCGUCACAUGCGCACACACAUGAAUAUACGCGAAAAGGUGUGCCCUAUCUGCGGCAAGGACUUUGGGGUGGGAUCAAGCUACUAUGCGCACAUGUUGCUGCACUCGGAUGUGAAGCGAUACAAGUGUAAAAUGUGCUGCCAGCAGUUUGCACAGUUCGCGGGGCUGUACAAACAUCGCAGACGGCAUCACCCCACCGAGUUUGCAAAGGACCGAGCGAAGAAGAAUGGAGGGCAUGAAAAAGAUGAGAAGGAGAAAACUGGUUGAGCUACCAUGAUUUAAAUGUAUAUAACCCACCGGGCUGCCACUCUUGCUGUAGUCAACAUUAUACAAUACUUUGUGGAAUUUCACACGCAAUAACGGCUACAACUAACGCGUUACCAGUUAAAACAACAAAAACAACUGGAAGAAAGCCUGCAUAGAGAACAGACGAGACAUCGCCACGGAUAGUGUUGUCAGAAGGAAUUUUUUAGAAAUUUCUCUUUAUAGAAAAUAUUACUUAAACCAAGGCGAAUCUAUUAAAUGUGAUAGCAAUAAUCCGGCUGAUUAGAUUUUUUUUAUCCAUUGAAUGCGCCUGGACUUAAACCGAAACUUAAAAAUUAGUAUUAAAUUGAACGAAUGUUUUAUUACAUCCCUUGCGGAUUAACCCUUUAACUGAACUCUGCUGCUUAUAUUGUUCGAGCCGAACAAUUAUA